AUGGUGAAUGCAUCAGGGUCGGCAGCUGCAGAUGGCAGCAAUGCAAACCGGGGGGUCCAGGGGCAGAAGAGGUGGAGCUGGUGGGGGGACCCGGAGCAGCUGCCAGCCAGGAAGCAGAAGAACAGGCGCCAGUUCUUGCGAGAGGAAGAAGAGCCAGCGCUGCGCGCUGAAGAUUUUGUGGUUGCCAUUGCCACCCAUAAGGCCCGGGAGCCAAUUCUGGCUGCAGGCAGGCCUUCCAGACAGGGAGCACAGACAUUUUAUGCGACCAACCAUGAGGGGCCCCGGGCAAAUGACUCCGUUACCUUUGGUGAGAAUUGGGGCUACUACCCGGAUGCUGAGCCCCUGCGCUCCUUCUUUGCUGGGGACCCCCGGGCCGCCAUCGUCCCCUUCCUGGCCUACAAGGAUCUGAACGACACCUUCAAGUGGCUCUUCUACGGCGAUGACGACACUGUCUUCUUUUUGGAGGGCGCCAUGAAUGUUGUCAAAGACUUGGAUCCCAACAUGCCCUACUUCCUCACAGACAACAUGUGGUUCUCGAGAGAGAUGGGCAAGGGCUCGUACCACCCCCACCAGGGCGCUCCCCAAUGCACACCAUGCGGGUACUCAAAGGACACUUCUGGGCUGCCCUAUUCUCUGCCGCCGGGCUGCCCAUGCCGAGUGGAAGAGCUGUGCCGCGCUGACAAUUCAGGCGUCCUCAACAAGCCGCCCAAGGCCUGUGGCGUGCCCAGGGUGCCUGCGCGCACGUAUUCCAUGCACGGGGGAGCGGGAGCGCUCAUCAGCGUGGGCUUGCUGAGGAGCGUGUCAUAUGACCACAUGCACCGCUGUGUGCAUGGUGCGUACUCGUCCGGCGGCGAUGCCUUCAUCACAGAGUGCCUGUGGGAGGCUGGGUAUGGGAUGACUAAUCCAGACCCGCUGUGGCACCCCCGCAACCUCAGCAUGUUUGACCCCUGCCCGGCCGGGCCGCACCCGGACGAUGACAUCCUGCCCAAGGCUGCCCACACUCUGGGCAACCUCCUUUCCGCAGCCGCCCGCACCUGCCACGGCCUCUGCAAGCUGGAGGUAGAGCACACGGUAGCGCUGCACCUGCGCUCGCGCAGAGUGGGAUCCGACGAGGCGGUCUACCAGGUCACAGACCUCUUCUCCACCCUGCUCGCGCGGCUGGCACACCGAGAGGUUCACAUCGAUCUGCAGCUGCGCGCUGGCCACCGGCAUGCUGCCAUAGAGGCGCACAUUGACACCGCUGUGUCUGUGCUGCGUGCCACCUCGUUGGCAAGCCUGGGUGACAUAGAGGGUGAGUCUCCAGAGCUGCGAGCCAUGUUGAGCAGCGCGGGCACCGGUGCGGCCAGAGUUGUGGCGCGAAAGCUGCUGGACACAGUGGUCAGGGAAGCCCGGGACUGGGAGCUCGAGCUGGAGGCACGCAAGAGACAGGCAGAAGGCCCUGCACCUCAGACGGCUUUAAAUGAGAAGGAUGCUGGCUGCCACGAGGCGGCACAUCUAUGCAAUAAGCCUGACAGGCCCACAUGGAGAUGAGAGUGUCACAGAAUACUCUAGCAUCAUGAUAAUGUUGGUGGCUGGGUCACCCCUGCAUGCCUGGUGCUGCGUAGCCUGCUCGUAUAUGUGAGCCGUGACUUUUAAAGUCAUGCCAUGACUUCUGUGGUGCGCCAUGACUCUAAAAGUCAUGCUAUGACUUCUGUCUCUCGGACAUGCAUGGCAGGGCGUGCCACAGCUUGACACGUGGCUGCUUGGGGAGUUCACCCCUGCUGAGCUCUGCGCUCAGGAGUUUAGGACCAGCUUUUGUGGUUGCAACAGAGAGGGUGGAUGGUCAUGGGUGAAUCGGUGGACAGAAGAGUUCCCUGCCGCUUCAAGCAAAGAUCACCAACCCAUCAAGAGCGGCCCUGUUUUGUGCUAGCAGACAGCGCAGCAAAUAAGAUCAUUGUCAUUGCUACUGAGGACAAUUAAGAUCGUGCGCGUGCCCAUGUCUCAGCGAUUGCGAGUCUGUUUAUAUUUUGUUGGGCCGCCAAGUGCACAUUUGCGCGGCGCCUGCUUGGGAACAAAACAGCCUGCCGGUAUGCUCUCUGGGUUAUCCCCCCGAGGAGAAAUGCCUAGCUUAGAUAGUAUGUCUAGAUCCUGCCUGUGGGAAGAAGCCGGGGGAGUAAAGUGAAAAAGAACUACGUAC